GUCGGUAAACAAAAGAGUGCGGGAAAUUGGUUAUUUUUUGACACGCCAUUUAUCUCUGAUUAAUCCAUAAAUAUGCCUGUCGCAAAGUCUAUGCGUUAUGCUCACAGUGACGGCUUCACUGACGUCUGCUAUGAAGAAUCGGGAAGAUAUAUAUUAACAUGUGGAUCUGAUGGUGAUGUGAGGAUAUGGGAUGGUAUAGAAGAUGAUGAUGCUAUAUCUCACAGGUGUGGUGACAAGUCAUUCGCUAUCGCAAUCAAGGGGAACCGCUACUUUGCCGCAACAGAUACAAACACAAUUCAAGCAUAUACAUUUCCUGACGGUACACCAGAUGGGAUUCUUACACGAUUUACUGCACCAGCCAAUCAUAUUGUAUUGAAUAAAAGUGGUUCCACCCUGGUAGCAGGUGCAAGUGAUUUUGCCAUAAAGAUAGUUGAAGUUAGCAACUGCAGUUACAAAACUUGUCAGGGACAUGAAGCACCCAUUCUUAGUGUUGCAUUAGAUCCAAAGGAAGAAUUCUUGGCCUCCUCGAGUUGUGAUGGAACAGUACGAAUAUGGAAGAUGUCGGAUCGCUCUCAGAUACAGAGUUUUACUCUGAUACCUAAAUGCAGUGAUGCCAGUUUGUCAAAGACAAUGUGUAGAAUGUGUUGGGAACCAGAAAAUGGAAAGAUACUGUAUGUACCUGUCCAGAAGGAAAUUCACAUGUAUGAGAGAGAAACAUGGAAGAAAAUAGCAACAUUAACAGAGUCUUCAUUCACAGAGCAUGUAUCUGUACUGGCAAUGAGCCCGGAUGGGAAGUACCUAGCCGCAGGGGGAUCUGAUGGUUGGAUCUGUAUAUUCAGUGUACAGUCCAAGAAAUGUGUAGAUAAACAUAAGAAUGAGAAGGGCUUGUCUAUAAUGUCAUUGGCAUGGAAUCCUAAAGGGAACAUGGAGCUUGUCUUCUGUGAUAACCAGGGUCAGCUUGGUCAGCUGUGUGAUAUUUCACUGACAGAAAAUAAACAGGAUGAUGAGGGCAGCAGUAAGGUAGCGAGUGGUGUUUUUGAUGAUGAGGAUGAUGAUUUCCUCAUUCAAGCCACAAAUGAUGAAGAUACAAUGGCAAGUGAUGAUGACAUGACGGGUGUCACGCCAAAAGCUACACAGCCUCUCUUCUCAGAUGAUGAUGGAGAUAGUAUACCGGAUUUUAAGAAGGCUGAUGAUGAUGAUGCUUCCAGUGUUACCUCUGAGAAGUCUGAGCCCCCUAGACCCGAGGUUCGCAUCGAAGGGUUUAAACCCACACCUCUACAGAGAGCAUUCCAGCCAGGCUCAACACCCGAACAUCUCACAAGUAGAUUUAUGGUGUGGAAUUCAGUUGGAGUUGUGAGACAGUACAACAAUGAUGAGGAGAAUUCUAUAGAUAUAGAGUUCCAUGACACGUCCAUACAUCAUGCCAUGCAUGUUAUGAACAACUUUAACUACACUAUGGCAGAUCUUUCUACAGAAGCUGUAGUACUGGCUACAGAAGGAGAUUCUGAUACAUCAAGUAAACUUACAUGCAUGCAUUUCUCAUCAUGGGACAACAACAAGGAAUGGAGCAUCAGUAUGCCUGAUGAUGAGGAGAUACAGUGUGUCACGCUGGGUGAGGGAUGGCUAGCUGCCGCCACUGAGGCACGGAAUCUCCGCCUCUUCUCCGUAGCUGGGGUACAGAAGGAGAUAUUUGCUCUGCCAGGACCGGUAGUGUGUAUGAGUGGACAUCAGAACCAACUGAUAGUUGUUUACCAUAGAGGGAUGGGUAUACCAGGUGAACAGUGUCUAGGUGUCACAUUACUGGAUGUACGGGAAUGGAAGAGGGACAUCCAUGGAGAACCUUUGCCUCUGUCAUCUAAAUCUACACUAGUAUGGGCAGGGUUCUCGGCUGAAGGCACUCCAUUCUAUAUGGACUCUGCUGGUAUUAUUCGCAUGUUGGGUAGAAAUACUGGUAAAACAUGGGUGCAAGUUGCCAACACCCGAACACACGCCAAAGGGAAAUCUGACAAUUAUUGGAUUGUCGGUAUACAUGAAAACCCUCAGCAGAUCAGGUGUAUACCAUGUAAAGGCUCUAGAUACCCUGCAACGUUACCCAGACCAGCACCAGUUAUACUGCCCUUCCAGAUACCACUGUGUGAACUCAAUACGGAGAAAAGCCAAUAUGAGGAGUUGCUAUGGAGGACAAACCUGUUAUCCGGUCACUUUGAUCACUGGACAAGACAAGGGUUUGAGUAUGACGAGACCAUCAAGGCCGAGGCACUUAAACCUGCACAGGAGGCACUCAUGAAACUGUUUGCUCUCUCUGCAAGAUCAGAAAGGGAGGCUCGAGCUUUAGAAGUGUGUGAUAUGAUGUCAGACCAGCAUACGUUACAGUUAGCCAUCAAGUACAGCAGUCGGAUGCGAUAUAUGCAGCUGGCACAGAAGAUCAGUGAACUGGCUGUCAGAAAGGCUGAGGAGGAGGAAGCCAAACAGUAUGCUCAAAGUUAUGAGAUGGAGUCUAGAUCCGCCCCAUACACAAGUGUCUCGAGAGCAGAACAGUAUGAAGAGGACAAUGUUGAGGUGACUCAGGAACAAGAUGUUGACAUGGAGGAGGAAGAUGAAAGACCUUCAGGACCAAUGCUUGCAUUCAAGGUGAAAGAAGAUAAGCAAGAGAAAUCACAGAAUCCCUUCAAGAACAGAUCAAACCCUUUUAAGGUAUCAACUCCACACCCAAGUACAGCACUAACCAAGGGUACACAGGUUUUUGACAGCAUGUCGAAAAAGAAAGAAAAACCUUCCCCUCUGUUUGCUGUUGAUACAAAGUCAUCAAAAUCUUCACAGAAAAAGGGAUCACAACCCAAACUGUUUAUGAAAAAGAAAUCGGAGACUGUAAAAACAAAUAAAAGUGAGGAACCAGCUGCAACACAGAAACCUGCUUCUGCCUUUGACCUUUGGUUAGAAGAGAACUCAGACAGGUUAAAGGAGACCCAGCCAGAGGCAGAGGAAGAAGAAUUUAGUAAAUAUGCUGCAGAACAGUUCAGGGCCUUAGCAAAGGAAGAUAGACAGGCAUGGGUGAAAAAAGCAAAAUCAUUGACUGAGAAGAGUAAGGAAAACAGUGGUGAUACAGAAAAAAAUGAUAACUCUGAGAACAAGAAGAGAAAACGUGAUGAUAAUGACACUGAAGAGGGAGUGAAAAAACACCGAGAUAGUGUAGAAAGUGAAGUGAAAAAGACACCAUUAUCACAGACAACAAAUUCAAAACUAGCAAAUUUUGCAUUUAAAAAGGACGAAAGUUAAUUUAUUUAUAUAGGAUUUAGUUUGCUUAUACUAUUUCAUGGCAAAUUUUAUCAAAAUAUUUGAUAUUUUUAUCAGGAAAUGACAUUAAAAUUUCUUUAUUGAUUAUUAUUAGGUACGGUUUUUUACUUAACAAUAUAAUGAUGAAGUGUAAAAGGCUGUACCUAGCUGUAAAUGUAUUUAGCAAGUCCACUUUAAACUUAGUGUUAUAUUACUUUGUUCAUAUAUACAAGGUUCUUGACAUUAAAGAAUACAUGUAUAGAUUGA